AUGUCGCCGAACAUCGAUCCCGUCGGUGUGGGCAUCGGAAUUGCUGCAGCAGUACUGAUACUUCUAGCUACUUUGCCAGCGUUCAACAGCAUCGUCCAGAAGCUGUGCCAUGGAUCAUACACGAGCCUGGAGUCACUGCCGGAAGACCAGGAUGGAGAAGCCACGGAAGAAUCGAUAUCAUCCUACUCGACUACUAUCCAGAUGGCCGUUAUCUACACGGCGUCUCUGGUCGGCUUAGUCGCGUCGACAGUUAAAGCUAUCAUGUCAACGACACAGGGCUCAAUCCGCUAUAGCGAAGUUGAGAGCUGGUUUCAAUUUGGAACCUUUGUAUUGCUUCUACCACAUGUGAUGGCACUUUCCUUCAAGCAGGAAUACGCGAGCCAGUUUCGAAUAGCUAGCUAUGCAUCUCUUGCUUCAGUGGUUCAAUUCAUCAUGUCAGGUUUCCUAGAUGUACGGCUUCUGACACCGGCUCAUUAUGACAACCUGACCAGCUUCCAAGUGGCCAUUUGGAUCAUUCCGUUGGUGGCCACUGCUUGUCUGCUCUUUGCCUGUCUCUGUCUGCCGAGGCGCCCGGAUGUGUUUAUCAAAGACCAGGUGGUUGAUCGCCAAUACACCGUGUCUGCACUCUCACGGUUCACCUUUGCCUGGCCGGGCCAUCUGGUAAAGUACAUCAUUAAGAACCCCAGCAUCGACGUCCAUGAACUGCCUCGGAUGGACCACUAUACACGUUCGGAGAACCUGUUGACCAAAUUUUCGGAACGUUCUCCGGCUCAGGCACUCUGGCGGCAGAUCUUUGGCUUGCACUAUAUCACCUUCGCCAAACACUGGAUUCUGACGGCCACUGAGGCACUACUUGACUUUGUGCCAAAAGUUUCCAUGUACUUCAUUCUCCAUUCUCUCGAGCGGAAGCAGGAGGGUGAGAACAUAGGAAUUGACAACUGGAUUUGGACCUUGAUACUGGCCGUUGGAUUGAUCUUGUCAUGUUGGACAGGUACCUGGAUGCGCUGGGUUGGCGACUCUCAACUUGCUCUGCGCAUUGAAGCCCAGCUUUGUGCAGCAGUAUUUGCGAAAGCAAUGCUCAAAAAGGAUACCAGAGGCGCGGAAAGCUCAACGGCAGAUGAAGACGAGGAUGAAGAGGAAGUUGACAAAGAAGACUCAGAGCAAAAGGGUACUCAACAGUGGAUCAUCAACCUCAUGGGCAUCGACGCUGAGGAGGUCGGUCUGUCAGCUGCUUUUAUGAGCACGAUUAUACUCUCUACGUGCACAUUCAUCCUCUCUCUGGUAGUUCUUUUCAAGCUUAUCAAAUGGAAGAGUUUACUGGCCGCAUUGCUCAUCUUUACGAUCCUGGCUCCAUUAAAUGCCUGGCUAUCGAAGGCUUAUUCUAGAACACAGGACCGGCUCAUGUCAGCGCGUGAUAUCAAAACAGGGGUGAUUUCAGAGGCUCUCCAUGGCCUUCGUCAAAUAAAAUUUGUAGCCUUAGAAAAAGAAUGGCAAAGCAGAAUUAUGAGCGUGCGAUUGAAUGAAAUGAAUGAAGUAUGGAGAUCGUGCUUGUACGAUGUGGGCAUGAUUUUCUGCUGGGGUACUGUUCCAACGAUGAUGACUACAGUCGCUUUGGCCGUGUAUGCUAUCUUUGAAGGAAAACUUACCGCCUCCGUUGCAUUUGCCUCUCUGGAAGUCUUCUUUGAGCUUGAGGACUCGCUAUCGAUGAUACCCAUAGUUAUUACUGGGGUAAUCGAAGGCAUGGUGAGUUUGAGCCGUCUUGAAAGCUACCUUAGUUCUCCAAACAAGGAGGAAUACCGCAAAGAUUCGUCCUCAAUCACCUACCAAAAUGCAUCCAUCGCCUGGCCUUCAGACACCUGUAACCUGGAAGACCGAUUCGUCCUUGAAAAUAUCAACUUAACAUUCCCUAAUAAGGAACUCAGCUUAGUUUGCGGUCCUACCGGAUCAGGCAAAAGCUUGCUUUUGGGUUCUAUAUUUGGAGAGGCUGAUCUGGUGUGUGGCGCUAUCAGCGUUCCCAUGCCCCCUUUUACGGUCUACCAUACACCGGAUAACGACAUAACGCCGGACAAUUGGAUUAUUCCAUCCUCGGUAGCCUUUGUCGCGCAGUCACCGUGGAUUGAGAACGGAACAUUGAGAGACAAUAUCAUAUUUGGAUGCCCCUUCAGUGCUGAGAGGUACAAAAAGAUCCUUGACGUGUGCGCUUUGACUGAUGACCUCCAUAUUCUGAUUGAUGGUGACAUGACUGAAAUUGGGCCCCGUGGUAUCAACUUGAGUGGUGGUCAGCGGUGGCGCGUGUCUCUUGCCAGAGCAUUAUACUCAAGGGCCGGAAUACUCGUUCUUGAUGAUAUCUUCAGUGCAGUCGACGUCCACGUCGGCCGGCACAUCUUUGAGAAAGCACUUACCGGAGAGCUCGGUCAAGGCAGGACACGGAUCCUAGCGACACAUCAUGUUGCCCUAUGCAUGCCUAAGACAAGUUAUAUGGUUGUGCUUGAAGACGGUGCUAUGAUAAAAGCUGGCCACCCUGACGAGACAGACGACGCAAACACGCUUACAAAAGUUCGGAGCACUGCAUCAGCUGUCACCAAAUCAGAAGCUCCUGCGCCACUUAGCUUCCGCAGGAGAAGCAGCUCCUUCCGAGAUAACAUGGGCAGCCAUUCAACCAUGGCCUGGGCAUCAAGAAAAGAUUCCAAUCGGGAGAAACCAACAACCACCUUUGUACAGGCGGAAGAACGUGAAAUAGGUCAAGUCAAAUGGGGAGUUUACAAGGAAUAUCUAAAGAGCAGCGGAGGCGCAGUCUUUUGGGUAGCUGUUGCCAUAUGCUUAUGCAGUGCUCAAGCACUGGGCCUAGGCAGGUCCUGGUGGUUGAAAAUCUGGACGGGGUCCUCAAAACCGAAAGAAAAAGCCCAAAUCCUCCUAAACCAAACGGUGAUGUCAAUGAACAAGCCAGCAGAUGAUGCGCUUUGGUUCUACCUGGGGAUCUAUUUUGCGUUGGCCAUGAGCCGGACGUUAAUCAAGUCAUUCAGUCAUCUUUUCAUAUGGACAGGGACCAUCCGAGCAUCAAAAGACCUCUUUGAAAAGAUGACUUCGCGAGUUCUCCGAGCACCGUUGAGAUGGGUCGAUACUGUGCCUGUCGGCAGAGUUAUCAAUAGGUUCACCCUUGACUUCGCGACGUUUGACUCAAAGCUCGGAGACGACCUUGCCUACCUAUUUCUCGAUAUCUUGGAUCUGUGCUCCAUUCUUGUUGCUGCCAUUCUCGUCUCCUCAUACAUCUUAAUGCUUACAAUUGUCCUGUCUGGAGUAUGCGCACACUUUGCAAUUCGAUACAUGAUAACGGCACGAGAGCUUCGACGCAUCAAAUCCCAGGCUAGGUCACCUAUUAUUGAGCAAUUUGGUACGUCAUUACAAGGCAUUGGCACGAUUAGGGCGUUUGACAAAGCAGAGACCUACAUGGAUAAGAUGUAUCGAAAUAUCGAUGACCAUACAUCUGCUCAUUACUAUAUCAUUCUCUUCAAUGAGUGGAUGGCGUUCAGGACCGGGAUGGCCGAUGCACUAUUCGGUGCAUGUCUAACAUUCAUUCUCAUGUCGACGAAGGGUAUUGAACCUUCGCUUGUUGGAUUUGCUCUCAACUUCAUGCUUGACGGAGCCCAACUAAUUGGAUCGGCAAUUGACAAGUAUACCGAGACACAGCUGGACAUGAACUCGACUGAACGUAUAAUUGAAUAUUCACAGGUUGUUACUGAAGACCAUACUGGAGAAGAAGUGCCAGCAGGAUGGCCAAGCAAAGGCCGAAUAGAGGUUGAUAAUAUCACAGCAUCCUACUCGCCAGAGCUGCCACCGGUUCUCAACGGACUUACGUUCAGUGUCGAGCCAAACCAUCGUGUCGGAAUUGUUGGGCGCACGGUUCUGGAUCCGGUCUUGUUCUCGGGCACGAUACGCUCAAAUCUGGACCCUUUCAACGAGUAUACCGAUGAGCAGCUGCAGACAGCCCUAAAGCGGGUGCAUUUCCAGAUAUUCAGCGGAGAGACAGAUGAGGAGAGCGGUGACGAAGAAGGUGAAGAAGACCGAAGCAGGACGCCGAGUCUCGACUAUGCCAUUAGCGAGGGUGGGCUGAGUCUUUCACAGGGACAGCGACAGCUGCUCUGCCUGGCUAGGGCAAUUGUCGCGCGCCCAAAGGUCAUGGUUCUCGACGAAGCGACGUCUGCCGUCGACAUGAAGACGGACGCCCUGAUCCAGCGUAGCAUACGCGAGGAGUUCCAAGACUCGACGCUGCUGGUUGUCGCCCAUCGUCUGACCACGGUGGCCGACUUUGACCGUAUCCUGGUCAUGAAGGAGGGCGAAGCCGUGGAAUACGACUCGCCAGGGGCUUUGAUGAAGGCUCAUGGGGUGUUUUGGCGUAUGGUCCAGGGGAGUGGAGAACGAAAAGAGCUGGAAUCGCUUCUCGAGGACAAGUAA